CCGAGGUUUGGCACAGCUGCCAGUCUGAAAACAUGGAAGCCAACAUUGUUGUUUUGGGGACCGAGAGCGUCGGGAAAUCAGCUUUGACUGUGCGCCUGUUAACGCGGAGGUUCAUUGGGGAGUAUGGAGAUAUUGAAUCCAUCUACAGUCACAGUUUCAUAGCAGAUGGGAGGGAGAUCACUCUGAAUAUCUGGGAUUCACCUUAUUCUGAGGACUCGUCCGUGGAGACGUCACUCUUCCAGAAGAAGGUCCGGUGGGCAGACGGCUUCGUUCUGGUCUACAGCAUCUGCGACAGGGCCAGCUUCAACAGCGUCAGCAGGCUCAUCCAGGCCAUCAAGUCCGCCAAAGACUACCUCAGCGCCGACAAGCCGCCCAUAGUGAUCGUGGGCAACAAGAGGGACCUGCACCACAGGCGCACGGUGCUGAGCGAGGAGGGCCGGCUGCUGGCUCUCAACACGGACUGCCACUUCUACGAGGUGUCGGCAGCUGAGAACUACCACAGCGUGCUCAUGGGGUUUCACGGCCUGGUGGACAGGAUGAAGGACGCAAAGCUGACCGCCAAGAGGCCUCUGGGGUUCAAGGGCAUAGUGAAAAGCAUGUCUGCGGUGUUCGCCAGGAGACGGACAGACUCGUUUUAGCUGACGGACGAGGAGGGGGCGAUUGAAGCUGCUUAAGAGACGUCUUGAUGGAUGAUACGAUCCGUCAGUAAAAUAUUACCAGAUGGGUCACGUCACUGUGCCAAAGGUAGCAAUGAAGGCACCAAGAGCUGGGAGCUUUCAUGAAGAAGAAACAAAGCCAUGAAGCUUCAGAAAACGUGGACACAAAACAACUUCACAGAGGUUACAGAUGUUUUCUGCACUUCAAGACCGAUGAAAUGAAAUGAAGUCGUCUUUAUACAGACUCUCAUCCUGUAACAUACCAUAAUGAGCUGUAGACUAUAUUUUACCAGAUGUGGCUUCAGACUGGUGGAAUUUCUAUGCACAGAAUAAAAUGUGCCUUUAUUUAUGAUGCAUAUGCCAAAGAGAUGAUUUUCUGUGUGUGUGUGUUGAAGGAAAAAGUGACUAAAAAGUGUCCUGCUCAAGUCUUCAGAUUAAUUCUUGAAGGUGAAACGUACACAUUUCUAUUUAUUCAAGUGUAAACAAAGAGGAAAAGAAGAAGAAAUGAGAUAUUUUCUAUAUUUAUGAGCUCUCCCAUGUUCCAUGCAUCGACUGAGUCACACUGAAAUGUACUGUUUGUAUAAAGUUUAAGAGGUUUUAAAUAAAGCAUGUACAGAAAUCA